UGCAGAUUUCUCUAUCAUAACUGCCUUUUCCACGCGUGAACGAUUAUUUUCUAUAAAUAUUGUUAAUCUUUAUUAAAUAAUUACCCAAUAUUUCUAAACGAGAUUUUUAUCAGAUUUGGUCAUCGUUUCUUGUGUUUCUGCCAUUACAACAUCGUCAGCGCUCGACUAACAACAUUAAUUUUUAUACAUUAUAAAAUGAAUUCCUUGGAAAUUAACACUCCAGGAGUUUCAACUCAAAAAAUAAGAUUGAGGAGAGUGCCAACCAAACGCGAAAUGAUACAAAACAAUCUUUUGCAAGUAAAACAGAAUGCAAUUAAAAAGCGGAAAGCUCAAAUGGCUUAUUAUUCAAACAAAGUUCAAAAUCAGAGCCCGUUAAGAAGAGGUGUGCAAACUAAAAACGUUCAAAACCGUUUGGGAUUAAAAAAAUCCGUUAUUUUUACCAAUACAAAUAAGAACCAGCAAGUAAAACAACAACAACAACUCGUUUUAACAACAAAUAAGACAAACAACAACAAUCGAAAUAAUUUUCGGAGGCAGUUUCGUCAAAUCGGGAACCAAAAUUCCCAACAAUCGAUGAAUAAAUUUAAUACAAGGAAUAAUUUUGCAAAUCGUAAUCAGAAAUUUAUAAGAACAACUUCAAUCCAAGAGAGAUGGAACCAAAUUAGACAACAACCGAAAUCCGUGAAAAACUUUAGAAACCCCCAGCAACAAGCGAUUACAACAAAUGGACAAAAUAAAAUUAAAUUGCGACGACCAUUAAACAAUUACAAAAUACAAGUCCCCGCGAAUGUUCAACAACAAAACCAAACAAAACUAAGAACACUUAACCCACAACUCCAAGCGGAAAUUAAAGCAAUACAAAGUAGAGUUCCACAAGAAGAAGAUAUUGCUGCACCAAUUGCGUCCAGUAAAAUCGGUGUAACAGGAAUUACAUUGAAUGAUAGAUUCAGCCAGUUGAUGUGAACCAAGUUAUUCUUUUUAUAAAAUCUCAUAGUUUUAAAGUACACUAUUUCUUAAGUUAAUUAUAAUUAAUCUUUCAUUUCUGCCUUAACAUUUAUUAAUUGUAACAUUUAGUUUCAUUUAUGUAAUAUAACAUUUAGUUUCUUUCAAAACACUUUAGUGUUAUUAAUACAGUUACAUAAAUAUUUAAGUUUGCAUAGUUGUGUGUUCUAAUUAAAAAAAUAUGUUCUAAAAUACACUGUUUAUGGUUAUCUUUAAGAAUUAUAUGAAAGAAAGAAUAGAGUGAAUAAAACAUCAAAUUUGACGUUUGUGUACAUGGUUAGAAAUUGAGUGUUGAGGAAACGCUCAAGAAGAAAGGUCUCAUUUUAAGGUAAUCAUUUAAAAAUUAUUAACAUUUGUUUUAUACAUCCAGUCAUUGUUUUUAUUAAUUUAUUAGUAUUGGUUAAUUGGCUUUUGCUGCACCUUAUAUAAUAGAGGUUAUUCUUCAAACUCUUAUUCUAACUGCAGAAUUAAUUUAGAGGACUUCAAUUUGCCAAUAAAUUAAAAUUGAUCGAUUCCUUUGUUGUAAACAAAACUAACGUUAAGCUAAGUUUCCACAUGCAUAAAUUACUGAUAUCAGAAAUUGGUUCCACAUAAAUGUGAUAAUUGUGUACUGCCACAGUAAUAAAAAUGUCGUCAAGUGAUUUACUUCGUGGCAUCAACGUGGUAAUGCAAAUGUGCUCAAGAAAAUUAGAAAUAGGAAUUACCUAGAUGCAUCAAGUACUUGAAUUAGAGAAAACCAUCUUAUUUCGCAGGGUUUCCAGGUUACACACAUAAAAUGUCAUAAAAAGUCAUGAGAAAUCGUGGUAUGUUGAAAUUUGUUUAAAAAUCACUCAAUUUUAAUAAUAUGUAUUACAUAUAGGCAUAGGAUUCAAAUAAAAUAAUGAUAAAGUUUCUUCCAGCUUCAACGUAUCUCAAUAGGUGCUAGCACCGAAUUUAAUAAGAAAAUAAAAUACAUCGUUUAAGCCAAA